GGCGCGCGGCGCGAGCGGGCGCGUCGAUCGACGACGGCAUGGCGGAACGCGCGCCGUUACUGAUCGCGCGCGACGUCGAGGCGGCGGUGUCGACGCGCGAGGGCGCGCGCGCGACGCGCGAGGGCGCGGGCGAGGGUGUUGGGGCGACGGACGAGGAUGACGGGUGGUUGGCGCGCGCGAGGGGCGCGAUGAUGGACGCGACGACGCGACGGGGAUCCGUGGGGCGUCUCUCGAGCGCGUUGGCGCUCGUCGGUGCGCUCGCCGCGCUGGCGUGCGUCGCGGGACUCGGAGGCGAUCGCGGCGUCGCCGCGCGCGCGGGGCUGGGAAGCCAUCACGGGCACAAGAAGGAAAUACUCGAAGGCUCGACGAAGAAUUGCGUGAACGCGGCGGCGGAUAACGCGGCGGGGACGUUUCAGAUGGAGACGUCGAAGUGCGAGGAUUUGUCGACGCCGGGGUGCGUCGGACAUCGAUCGAUGUGUCGAUUUUGCCAGACGCACAUGGCGACGAAUCGAAACCACGACUGGCCGGUGUGCCCGGCGACGGUGUGCGCGGAGAACGACGUGCACGGGUGCAAGUCGGAGUCGGGGAAAAAGAUGACUAAACGGGAGUUGGCGUGGGAUAUCUUGCGCCAGCACGUGCUCGAUCACAAUAGCAUGGUGGCGGGCAUCAAGAUUGGAAAGUGCCACGGCAAUUCGCAGGAUCACGGCUUGGGGCGGUAUCAAUACAGCGACUCGCAGUGUUUACGGUCGGGCUUGCCCGGUUGUCUCGGUGCGGGCGCAGCGUGCCGCUUUUGUAACGUGAAGAACGCGAAGAAGGCCGGUAAUGAGUGGCCCACGUGUCCGAUGGCGGUGUGCGACAAGUACGACGUGAAGUCAAAGUAUUGCGCAAAGCUCACGCAAUACCACGUGCCGCCGGAAACGCCCCCAAAGGAUUGGGAUGAGAAAUCUUUACCCGAUACGAUGUCCGUCGAACUCGACGAAGACGACGAAGAUGCAGAUUCGUUGAAGUUGAAGUCUGUGAAGUCGCACCAUCAACACAAACACAAGCAUAGCGAAGAUGACGAUGACGAUGACGAUGACGAUAUCGAUGCCAAGCCCGUCUCAAAGCACUCAAAGCAUAGCGACAGUGCCGGCUUAGGUGAAGACGAAGGUGAAGACGAUGACGAGUACUACUCCAAAGAAAGUACUAUACCGGUGGAGGCGGACGACGACGACGACGACGACGACGACGAUGAGGAAGAUGAGGAAGAUUACGAAGAUGACGAGGACGAGGACGAGGACGAGGACAAAUCGCACGUCAAAAAGCAUCAUCAUCAUCAUUCCAAGGUCAAGUUAGGUAACCAGGCUGCGCUAGACGACCAGGCCAUAGUACAUACCCACAAGAAUGAGCAAUCGGUGAAGCAGACGCAUGCGGCGUCUGACCUCGACUCUUUGGUUUUUGAAGAGAUUGACGUCGAAGCGAUCUCUUCCGAACGCGGUAAAAAGAGAUCAUCGCGAGGGACAGAGUAGUAUUU